AUGUCUACCACCGAACUGCCCAUUGUGGCUCGGCUUCCAGAGGAUUUGCUCAUCCUGAUCUUCCGGUUUGCGAAAGCAGCUGAAAAGUUUCCUGUAUUCUCUCUCCUACCUGUUUUACAGCAGGUAAACCGACAUUGGUACUGUACUGUUCGCAACGCGGGCGUGCAAUUGUGGCGACGUGUGGAAUGGAGCACAAGAUCACCGCAUUGGAGGUUUACUGAGAACAAACUACUGCAACUGAUCGAGAUAUAUGGACAGCAUGUUGAGGUACUGAACUUGGACGUCCGAGCUUCCGUUCCGCCAUUGGAAGACGAUUGGGAGGUGGAAGAUGACGAUGUGAAUAAUGGGGAUACAGAGCUACGUCCGUGUCUGGAGAUGGCUACUCCGGGAACGUCUUUUCAACACAUCCGUCAAGCUAAUGCACCUAGCUGGAGUUUCAAUGAGCAGAAAUGGGCGUGCAUAUUCAGAUGUCUUCCAAAUCUACGAGAUCUGGUCAUUCUAAGGAGAAGUCUGAAUUAUCCAAUAGACGCCCAUUUCUUGGAUGUUCUUGGGUCCCAUUGCCAUCAUCUGGAGCGACUGACGCUGUUUAACCCCUGGCAACCAUAUUUGAACGCGCAAGAAUCCAAACUAUCAAGGAACUGGGAACCUAGCAUCAAAGAUAUUAAUAAACUAUUGCAAAAUACGGGCAAUCUCCGCGUCCUCCGACUUGGUGCCCAACGGUUUUGUGGGGACAUAUUGCGCGGUAUUUUGCGCUCUCUUGCACUGUAUGCACCUGACAUUCAAGAGUUUGAUGUGGAUGAAUGUGUAGAGGGUGAUAGUGGCCCAUACGACGUUGCUUGUGUUGAUGUGACCCCGACAGACUGGGAGCUUUUCUGUACCAACUGCAAAGACCUGCGAUAUUGGAACUUUGCACUUUUGAAAAGUAUAACAGCUGAGGACAUGAUGAUAUGGACGCAGCACCCAAAGAGAGAAUUACGAACCUUGAGGCUGGAACGACGAGGAGUGUGCGGCAAUUGGGGGUUUGGACCCGUGCACCUCGCCACAGCAAUUGCGGCUUGUCCAAAGCUGGAGCAGCUAAUUAUCAAUACAGAAGAUGGGUGGUUGGACGAUGACGGGAUGUCCCUCGUGUGCUCAUCGUGUCCGUAUCUCAAGCACUUGUUCCUGUGCAUGGAUGAAGACAUGGCCAUGACGGAUGUUAGCCUUGCGCACAUUGGCCGUCUUUCCCAUCUUCAGACCCUAGAAAUAGUGUCUAACCCUACAAUCACUGCCCAUGGUCUCCUUGAGGUCAUCACAGCUCGAAGAUUGGCAUCCCAUUCGCAACAUGCGCAGGGACACUUGGAGAUCAGCAUAGCUUACUGCGCUCAAGUUCACCCCAUGACAUUUUUGGAGCUGCUGCUCCAGGUUGCGAGGUCGGCAGAACUACCGUUCGGAAUACGGCGGGUUGUCGUAGAUAUCACGAAUCAAGGGAGCACAGAUGAGGAAAUGGAUUACGAGAUGGAAGGUGUAGUUCAAGAGCUUUCAAAAUUUUUUGAAAAGGUGGAGUGUUCCUACGAUGGGCUCUAUUUCCGGUUCGCGUACAAAGUAAAAGAACCUAGUAGCGUAGGAGCUCAAUGAUAAGUAGUAUAGUAUAUCGAUGAGUGAGAACUAUCUGGGAAGCUUGCAUUCAAGAAUGCUGAGAUUUUGGUGGAGUGUUGCUAUCACGGGCUCUAUUCCCUACACUAUAAAGUAGCAUAGUAGCGUAGUAUAUCGAUGAUUGAGAACUUGGAAGCCUGCACAAGGUGGAAAGGCGCCAGCUCGUCGUUUGCCCAAUACACUAUCUCCUUUGCAUGUCCAAUA